GGGAAUGAAAGAAAGGACUCAAAGACAACUCUGAGGUUUUGAUCAGAGCAAUGGAAAAAUGAGCGUCCGUUACUGAGAUACGGAAGGGAUGCAUUUGGGAGACAUCCAUGAGUUUGGUUGGCUGGCAUCCCAGAACCCAGAACUAGCGUGGGAGUGAGUGGGGGCUGGACCAUAAGAUGCCCUUCUCAAGCCUGAGCAAAAGAGAGUUGGUUUGAGUCCUAGGUGAGGAGGAGAGUGGAAAGCAGGGGCAUAGCCCAGCAUUAAAUGAAGUACAGAUGGGUUCUAAAACAACAGACCAAGAGCCAGAGGCUUGAAGGGACAAGAGUCUUCUCAAGGAGCCUGAUUGGGAGCCUUUGGGAAGACAGAGAGCUGCAAGGGGCACCAGGAGUUUGGAUUAAGGACAAUUGGCCAGGGUAUGACUUGAAUUUAUUCACAUACCCACAGCAUUAUUAUGGAGAUUUGGAAUAUGUCCUCUUACCUCGUGGCAUCAUUGUGGACAGAAUUGAGCGGCUGGCUAAGGAUAUUAUGAAAGAUUUAGGAUAUUGUGACAUUCUGAUCCUGUGUGUGCUUAAAGGAGGUUACAAGUUCUGUAUGGAUCUUGUCGAACACCUUAAGAACAUCAGUCGAAAUUCGGAUAGAUUUGUCUCUAUGAAGGUUGAUUUCAUCAGGCUAAAAUUUUGCAGGAAUGACGAGGCCAUGGACAAGAUGCAGAUAAUUGGAGGCGAUGAUCUUUCAACACUGGCUGGAAAGAAUGUCCUCAUUGUUAAGGAUCUUGUUGGAACUGGGAGGACCAUGAAAGCAUUGCUCAGCAGCAUAGAGAAAUACAAGCCCAACAUGAUUAAGGUAGCCAGUUUGUUGGUGAAGAGAACACCUGGAAGUGAUGGCUUUAGACCUGACUAUGCUGGAUUUGAGAUUCCAAACUUAUUUGUGGUGGGUUACGCCUUGGGCUACAAUGAAUACUUCCGAGAUCUGAAUCACAUAUGCGUGAUCAGUGAACACGGCAAGGAAAAGUAUCGAGUCUGAGGAAGUCACUUCUCACCGUCGAAUCUCCAGAUCGCGUCAGCCUUACAGCUACACUCAGGAAGCCAGCAUCUAAAGUUUGUCUCCCCAGGCCUCUUCACUCAGCAGGAAAUAAAAGAAAAAACUGUCUUAAUGAGAGGGCUUUCUUUUCUGAGAUUAUAACAUAAAGAGUAACAAAGGUUCUUAAGGAAAAGAAAGCAGUGCUUUUCUGUGACUUGUUCCAAAUCAUACACUCCGCCUUGUGACUCAUGGGUUCUGCCACCUUCACCCUCCUGAGCUAUACCUUCUUUUGUUUUGAUACAGUCAUCAUGCUUGAUUACUGUACCCCACCUAGUUACUCAAACAUUUUUUACUUAAUUUUUUUUUUACACUCUAUUUUGGUAAUAUUUUGCAAUCUUAAGAACCUAGAAGCCUUUUAAGUGAAGCUCUGAACCCAUCUACUGGGAAUGCAACUAGAUUCCCAUACUAAAAAAGGAGGGAAAGGACAAUUUAAUAUAAAUUUCUGUUUGCGUGUUUCUGACAGGCCGUUAUUAUCUGCUUUGACAAAGCCUUUCUGAACCGCAGCGUACAAUGAAUCUUAAUGAUGUUAUGAAAUGAGCCUGCGCUCAGUGCCAUUGAUUGGAGCUUCCGGUAUGUGAUAACGGUAUGUCAUGUAUGCAUGGAUGUACUCAACUGUGUUUAAUACUGUGAAUUUUAAUUAGAAAAAUACAAUGGCAGCAAGGCCCCGGUUUCUAAGCAGCAUCCUUUUAUUCAUGUGGGACAUGAGCAAAUGGCAGAAUUGGCGGGGAGGGGAAAGUGUUUUCAGUGCUCAAAACUAAGCGAGUAUAAAUUUUUCCUCUUACUUCCAUCAUAGGACAAGACACUAUUAUGUAUUAUCCUAAAGGUUAAUGCAGAGGUUGAAUUAUUUUUUCAGGUGGCCUGAUAAAAUCGAUCACACAAUCCAAACCACUAUAGAAAACAAGCUGACUUAAAGUUUUUUCUGCAUAACAUUUUUUCCAUCUUCACUGUUUUAUGAGAUGUUUUCUGAUUUGUGAGGAUUCUAAUUGAAAAUAAACUCAAGUGCCAAUAAAGCUGUUUUUUUCACUUCCUGAAAAGAACAAAUGCAAAAUAAAUAACUAAGCAGCUCUCGUUUGGUUCUGAACCAUAUGUGGCAUAUUGUUAUCAGGUUCUAGCUUCCUUUAAAGUAAUAAAGAAUAACAAACCUUGUUAUGUUUCAUAA